CCUAGCUUAGAUACUAAGUCUAAGAAAGGAGGAUAUGAUGUGAAGAGUUAUUAGAGUGAUAAGUGAAUUUUCUGUGUAUUGAAAUAGUAUUUUUUUUUACUAAAACUUGCAAUCUGUCUUGAAUUUGGCAGUAUUUACUGUUUAGAAUGUCACAAACGAAGAAUUUAGCAGAAUCACACAACGGUCUCGGCCCGCCCCGACGGCGCCUGGCGAGGAUUCGAUGUCUGCUGGAGUGUGUGAAGUGUCUCUACGAGAAGACAGCACUGCCUGAGUCGUUCUGCUAUGUUGCUUCAGAGGUGGAGUACAGAAGUCAGUGUAAGACGACGAUCAGACUCUUCUCCGAACCUAAGAAAACCAAGAAACUGACGGGGUUACAGCCCAAGGAACUUCAGCUGACCUCGGAGUCCCGCCUAGUAGCCACGGGAGAGGAGUUCUGUGACAGUCAGGGGAAGUGGCUCAAACUUAGAAAGUACAAAAUAACUGCUUCAGAUGAAUAUCAGAACUUUGAUAAAGAUGUUUGGACUCUGCAGUACAGCAAUAGAUCGGCCUCAGAUGAUUCUCCAGCCAUCGUUCCUGUAGAAAAAGACCCUAAAAGAAUCGUUAUUAACAGCUGGGAAGAUGUAAUAGAGCAAAAGUUUUCAGUACAGCUUGUACCGGGUCGACACAAGAUAAUCCAACCUGAGAAUGACUGUGUGGCACUAUUGAGGGAAAUCCCCCCAAACUGGACGCUGGACCAUGAUGAAUCUCUGGUACACCUUAUGUCUCAACACCUACCCCCAGAAAACAACCACCUUGGCAGCAUCAAAAACUUUGUGGAGUCUGUUAAUGUCUCUACUUUUGGUGAUGACAUGUCUGGACCCUCCUGUCUUACUGAUGGUUUGCUAGACACAUACUGGGAGAGUGACGGGAGUCAAGGCAACCACUGGAUCCGGCUCAAAAUGAAGAAGGGAACGGUCGUACUAAAACUACAACUUACAAUUGAUGGUAGUGAUGAUAAUUAUGUGCCCUCAAAGAUUGUGGUGCAAGGAGGCGAGCAAGACAAUCAGAAGAUACUCAAUACCAUAGAAAUAGACAGGGAGGUGUCAGAGGUGGAGGACAUAACAAUCCUAGAGAACAUGUCAGAACAUUUCCCAGUCAUCACCAUCAAUAUCAAGGAAUGCAAAGGUGGAGGAAUUGAUACUCGAGUGAGAGGGCUGAAAAUCCAGUCAUCUGAAGGUCGAUAUCUGGGAUUUGAUCGGGAUUUCUUCAAGGGGGAGAACUUAACAAGGUAUCCCAAAUUGGAUUCUUACUCCCCCGACCAGCUGUACCGGCGCUCUCAGAUACUGCAGAGAUUUGUGGUGAUACUAGACAGCGUGCUUCAGUUUAUUGCCCCGGCCUGGGAGUACUCAGUGGGAUCCUACAGCUCACUGGAGCAAGUACGGCAGCUGCUGCCUCUGUCCAAGAAAAGACUGAUCCUAAUUGAGAUGUUCCUCAAAGAAUCCUGUCUAGAGAGGCCAUCAGAGAUGCCCAAGCUUUUCAUCAAUCGUCGCGCAGCCAUGGAACAUAGAUGUGACCCAAGUCUGGACCCCGAGUACAAACACAGCAUAUUUUAUCAGAUUUAUGAAGGUCUUAAGCCAAAGGAUCGAAACUCAGAACUCUUAAACUACAGGUGGUCCUCCAGGUAUGAUCAGUGGUGGGAGUGUAAGUUUAUGUUUGAGGGGGUCAUAGACCAGGGUGGAGGCUUCAGGGACAGUCUGUCUGACAUUGCAGAGGAGCUGUGUCCAACCUCAGGUGACUCACCUAUCCCCCUGCCAUUUUUCAUCCGUUCACCUAAUCAGCUGUGUGAUGAUAUUAAUGUGAACAGAGACACCUAUAUUCCUAACCCAGCAUGUAAAGAGUUCCUCAAGUAUGAGUGGAUCGGUCAGCUGAUGGGGGCGUGUAUGCGUGGAAAAGAAAACCUGAUUCUAUCACUGCCUUCCUUUGUGUGGAAGAAGUUGUUGGCAGAAAAGACAACCUGGUCCAGGGACUAUGCAUCAGUGGAUGCAGCAGAGGUUCACCUAAUUGACAAUUUGUUACAAAUGAAGGAGGAGGAUUUUAAAGCCCUGGGAAGAACUUGGAGCAUGACACAGGCAGAUGGAACCCUUGUCACCCUCAAAAUGGAUGAGGACGGGAAUCCCUUGGAGCUGAAGUUCGAGGACUGUGAGGAUUAUUGUGUGGCCGUGAAAGAGAUCAGGCUGAACGAGUUCAACUCUCAGAUCAAGGCCAUAAGAAAGGGUUUACUGAAGGUGGUGCCACAGGCUGUUCUUGAUCUGUUGACAUGGCAGGAAGUGGAGCAUCGCGUCAGUGGUGACCCAGAGAUCACCAUUGAUGCCCUCAAGAGAUCCAUUCAUUACGAUGACCUGGAUGAAAAUGAUACUCGAGUCAAAUACAUGUGGUCUGCACUCGCUAAUUUUACCAAUGAGGAUCGGAGUCGAUUUUUACGCUUCAUUACUGGACGCCGUAGGCUACCAGCGCCUGUGUACAUAGCUUCGGGCAAAUGUGAUGCCAUUGAUUGCCUGCCUGAGUCCUCCACCUGUGCCAACAUGCUGUAUCUGCCAGACUUCACUAGCGCCCAGGUUUGUGAGGAGAAGCUGCACUAUGCUGCCUAUAACUGUGUUGACAUGGAUACAGAUGUCAAUUACAUGGACGACUAAUCCAGCAGCAGUACAACCAUCCAGUGACAUGUGAAAAAAUUUAACACCUUUUGAGAAUUUACGGGAAUCUAAUCAUGUUGAAAACAUUUAUAUUUAUGUUUUAGUAGAAGGAUUGUAUUUAUACAGGGUGUGCCAGAAUAGCUAGUACCAUCUAAAAUAUGUAUACAUGAAACAAUAUUUGGCCAAAAAUUCUAAAUUGUGGCUCAAAUGAAUAGUAAAAUUGUUUUAUUUUGCCCCACAAAGAAGUUUGAGGUAAAAAAGCAUGCUUUUAACUACAAUGUCACAAAAUUUUAAUCAUAUAUUUUCUUUCUUUUAUUGAGUUUUCUGAGGAAUCUGACAACAGAACAUUUUAUGUUUUAAAACUGUAUUAUUAAUUAAAGACUCCAGUUAUGAUUGUGAACUAAUUAUGAAAAUUAUGAAUUAUGAAAAAAGGUAACCAACUCAACAAGCAAUAGAUUCUUGGAAUAUUGAGAAG